AUGCCUCACGUCGACAUCUUGUUCAACCAGUUGCAGAAGAGAAAAACCGAGCCAGCGCAAGUUAAAACGGCUAUCGAUAAUUUUGAAAAAUGUAUUGUCGAUGUGAGAAAUAAAAUUGAUGACAUAACAAAUGAAGCCAAAAGUAUUUGCACUAUACCGCAAGGCAAUAGAAGGAGACGACGUAAUAAUAGCAGUCACGAUCACUUAGUUGCCGCAUUAGAAGUAUGCGACAACAUAGUGAAUUCUGCAAAUGACAGAUUCCAAUUCAAAGAUCAUUUGGUCGCCGCAUCCCUUUUUUUCCCCGAACACUUUGGAGAAUACAAGUUUCCUGAUGACAAGUUGGAAACUACCUGCUUGACUUAUCCCGGUUUAGAAAAAACUCGUUUAAAGACAGAGUUGUCUGUUAUUUAUGCACGGAAUGAUUGCCGAGAUGUACGUGGAGCUCUGUCUCUUUUGAAAUGUUUGAUACAAAACAGUUUGGAGGAAACACUAAAAGAAACAAAAAAGCUAUUAGAAAUUCUUGUAACAACUCCUAUGUCAACAUCAGAGGCUGAGCGAAAUUUCUAA